GCCGUGUGCUGGAUCGGUGCGGGCGGCAGGGCAGGCGGAGGAGGCGCAGAGAAAGCCGGUCGGCCAGGACGCUGCAGCAGGCGGCGUCGGGGCCGCAGCUUCGGCCCUUGGCGCGCCCCUAGCGCCAGGUUCCUGCGCCCUGGGCGCACGGUGGAGAGGGACCCGGAGUCGAUCGCGGGGCCGCCAUGGAGCCUGUCCCCUCUGCGGAUGCCGAGCUACAGCCCCUGAUUCUCACCAACGCCUCGGACGCCUUCCCCAGCGCCUUCCCCAGCGCGGGCGCCAAUGCGUCGGGGCAGCCGGGCGCUCGGAGUGCCUCAUCUCUCGCCCUGGCUAUCGCUAUCACCGCGCUCUACUCGGCUGUGUGCGCAGUGGGGCUGCUGGGCAACGUUCUUGUCAUGUUUGGCAUCGUCCGGUACACUAAGUUGAAGACGGCCACCAAUAUCUACAUCUUCAACCUGGCCUUGGCUGAUGCGCUGGCCACCAGCACACUGCCCUUCCAGAGUGCCAAGUACCUGAUGGAGACGUGGCCCUUCGGGGAGCUGCUCUGCAAGGCUGUGCUCUCUAUUGACUACUACAACAUGUUCACCAGCAUCUUCACUCUCACCAUGAUGAGCGUCGACCGCUACAUCGCCGUCUGCCACCCCGUCAAGGCCCUGGACUUCCGCACACCUGCCAAGGCCAAGCUGAUCAACAUCUGCAUCUGGGUCCUGGCCUCAGGUGUUGGUGUCCCCAUCAUGGUCAUGGCUGUGACCCGACCCCGGGAUGGGGCGGUGGUAUGCAUGCUCCAGUUUCCCAGCCCCAGCUGGUACUGGGACACGGUGACCAAGAUCUGCGUGUUCCUCUUCGCCUUCGUGGUGCCCAUCCUCAUCAUCACAGUGUGCUAUGGCCUCAUGCUGCUGCGCUUGCGCAGCGUGCGCCUCCUGUCAGGCUCCAAGGAGAAGGACCGCAGCCUGCGGCGCAUCACGCGUAUGGUGCUGGUGGUGGUGGGCGCCUUCGUGGUGUGCUGGGCGCCCAUCCAUAUCUUCGUCAUCGUCUGGACGCUGGUGGACAUCGACCGGCGCGACCCACUAGUGGUAGCCGCUCUGCACCUGUGCAUCGCGCUGGGCUACGCCAACAGCAGCCUCAACCCCGUGCUCUACGCCUUCCUCGACGAGAACUUCAAGCGCUGCUUCCGCCAACUCUGCCGCACGCCCUGCUGCCGCCCGGAGCCAGCCAGCUUCAGCCGCGCCCGGGAAGCCACCGCCCGCGAGCGUGUCACCGCUUGCACCCAAUCGGUCGGCCCGGGUGGUGGCGCUGCCGCCUGACCAGUCCUGGCUGGCCCCCGCGCGCUCCUCCGAAAUGACCUGGCGGUCACACUGAGCCCCCUGGGAAGCGGGGACCACUAUUCGAAAUGGGGCAGUAGAAGGUCGGAUUCUGUUUUGGAGAAGAGCAUGGGACUUGAGGCCACCAGCGGCCGCGAGGUGGAGCCUGUGCAGUCGGGUGGGCCUCGGCGCUGGGUGCAAGGUGGAAGGCUCCAGAUUGGGAGUGGAGGGCGGGGCCUGCAGCUCUAGAACCGAGCCCCUUAAUAAGGCCUCUCCAGCGGGGUGGAGAGUUGGGGACAACCUCGAAUUCUAUCUCACCCCGAGUGGAACAUCUAUUGGGUUCCGCCCUGAGACCUUAGGAUUCUGGGCCCAGGAUCCAGUGGUGGGGACAGUGGCUUGAGCUGCAAGAUUGGGCAUGUGCAUUGUGUAGAGGAUCCUCUCCCAGGAGGAAAUGGGGGUACCGCAGAGUGAGGCAGGAUGCUGCUGGAGAAUCAGUUACGACGAGAUAGGAGGGCCUGUAUGCACUAUCUGGAACCUCAAAUUUUGGGUGGAGUCCCACCCCUGUUCUAGCAAGGGACAGGACUCCUUGAGAUCUUCCUUCAACUUCUUUAUAGAUAAAGAAAAUACAAGACAAACAGAAGGAAAGAGAGAAAUAAUGUACUUUCUCUCUUGGACAUUAAUUUCCAUGGAGUGGUUCAGAGAUCCAGCUCCACAAUUGAAGUAGUGGCCACAAUACCAACUUCCAGUGGGGUUUUGGGACAGGAUGGUGGAGCCGGGAUAGCUGUUCCAUCAAAGACGGCUGAAACGGGGCCUUGGUUGGGACAGGGUCCCCAGAGCCCUAAGGCUCAGGAAAAAGCAAGAAGGGCUGGGUGCUGCACCCAGCUUCAGUGGACCUCUGUGCCAAGGGGCAGCGGUGGGUGGGCUGAGACAGAGAGGUAAGGCUUCUGCUGUGAAAUUAGGCCCUCAGGGUUGAAGUUGGAUGUUUUACAGGGACCCUAGGGUCCUGGCAUUUGUGGUCCAGUACUGGAAAACAGAGGGCCAUCUAAUGAUAGCUCCAUGCAUGGUGAGUGCCACUGGAACUGGGCUGGGGGUUGCCAGAAGAACAAGUGCAGAUGCUUGGAAUUCUGAUAAGCACCCCAAUAUUCUUUCCCCUCCUCCCAGCAUCUGGCUGUGACCCAGGUAUCUGGUGCCAGUGACUAGUGAACUGGAACUGCCCACAUGGGGCCUGACUUGGAAGGAACUGGGGGAAAGUGACUUUCGUAACUGCAAUGCUAGUGUUGGCCAUGAUCCUCUCUCCUUUUGCCCCAAGGAUCCAAGGUCCCUGACCUAAUUCAAUUCAUCCAGCUCCCCCUUCAAGCUACUGAGGGCAGGGUUCACCUAAAGAUGGUCAUAGAAAUCUUUUCAGAUAUCCCAGAUCUUUGCUUCCCUUCUCCCCAGGCAGGGUCUGUCUUUGCUACCCAUCCUCUGGGCCUCCUCUUCCCCCGCCCCCCUAGACACUGUCUGACUGCCUCAGCAAUGCACCCCUGACUCCCUAUUGAAGCAGCCUGGUGACAUCCUUGUAAAAACAAAUUUAAUUUUCUUCCUUUUUUGGGACAGAUGGAAAGAAAUUGACGUCUUUGUCUCAAACAAAAAAAGAAAAGAGAAAGAAACAAUAUACCUCUUUCCCCUUUGACAGCCAUUUCUUUGGAACAAAGGCUGGAGGCUGUCACUCCAACAGGCACUGAAGUAGCAUUCGGGGGAGAGGGUUGGGCACCAAGAAGGGCUUCGUGCACUUUGUGCACAGGGGUAAGAGUCCCUUCGGUAGGCAAAGCGCAGCCCUUCUUAGGGUGAAGAAGCCUUGGACCUGGGGGUAUUCUUCCUCUAGGAAAUGGAUCCCCUGGGACCUAGGAUGCAAGGCAGUGGUCACCGCUCAGAUCAGCCUGCUAAGCCACCAUGACCUGGGGUCUCAAGCCUCCUAGCUCACCUCACCAACUGAAUGGACCCUGUGACCAUAGAGACUUCCAUUUGAAUGUGUAGGGGAUGUGUGAAUGGGGGGUGAUCAGCAAGGCAGGGGCACCUGGAUACUCCUAAUUAUUUGGGAAUCUCCUACUUUGGGGAAAUGGCAGAGAAAGGGGACAAUUCAGGAAUUAGGGAAGACUCCUGAAAUAGAUGACAGAGAAGUCAGGGCUGUUUAUUCAUCUUGCAAGGACUGUGUCUUCUCUGCCCCCACUCAGAAGAGGCCUGUCUCAAAGCUGCUUCAAGCCCACUCACUGCCACCCCCUGUGGGUAUAACAGAUCUGGUUGCUUUUUAUCUCUUUGAUAUAAAAUUGUUCUAGGUCAGCAGGGGCUGACCCAGACUGUGUGCAUUUAAGGAAAUGUACACUUGUGUUGAAAUCUACUUCCUGCUAGGCUGUGCGCUCUGGGCACUGGGACAGGGAAAUGUCGGGCUUGACCCUGCCCUCAGAAAUCUCAGAGCCAAUGCUGGGAGACAAAGCAUAAACAGGUAGUUGCAUGUCACUGAUAAGUACAGCGACAGGGAUCACCAGGGAUGGCAUUGCAGGAAGUGUCUUUUUUAGCUUUUUACUAAAAACACUUGUUUGAAACAAUUCUAUAAGAGCUGGGAAGGUGUCAAGGGGCCCUAAAGGAUGAGUAGGAGCUGGUCACCAAGAAGAGGGAACAGUGAGUGCAAAAGCACGGGGCCAGGCAUGGUGGCGCACACCUGUAAUCCCAGCAGCUCAGGAGGCUGAGGCAGGAGGAUCACGAGUUCAAAGCCAGCCUCAGCAAAAGUGAGGCACUAAGCAACUCAGUGAGACCCUGUCUCUAAAUAAAAUACAAAAUAGGGCUGGGAUGUGACUCAAUGGUUGAGUGCCCCUGAGUUCAAUCCCUGGUACCAAAGGGGGAGGGGGGGAAAGCACAGGGAUGUUCAAGUGCUUGGCAAACCCAAGAAGUUUGGUGCAGCAGGAGCACAGGACUUGACUGAGCACGUCCACAUUCCAGGCUCACUGCCAAAUGCUUUAUGCACUUUAUCCCAGCUGGUCCUUGUGACUGCCCAUUCGGGGAAGUAGUAUUAUUCCUCUUUUAGAUAAGAAAGCCAAGGCUCAGAGAGAUCAAGCCACUUGCUCCUGAGUCACGGAGCCUGUUAACAGCUGCAGAACUCAGGUCAGUGGAAUUCCAAGAAAAGUUCCGGGGUCCAAGUUUGCAGUUAAUUCCAGGCAUCAUUAAAGUAGAAAGACAUCAGGAUCUGGAACCCUGGGAUGAGGUUUUUGAAGACUUGAAACAAAAUGGGAAAGUCUGAAGGAAAAGGGCAAAUUUUCAUGAACUUUUGUUCCUCCCGAAGCUCUCUAAAUCUUCACAUUUCAAAAUGUACUGUGUGUGAUACAUUCUAAAGCUCCAAAUUGACAGUGUAAUUCUAGAUCAUCACAGGGUUCUGAAAACUGCAGAGUAGGUCUCUACCCCCCUAAUUUUUCAUUGCUCAUUCUCUAAGAGAUGGAAGGGAAGCUUUUGCUCCUGGUUUAAAAAUGUCCUAUAGUUGGCUGGACGUGGAGGCACAUGCCUGUAAUCCCAGUGACUUGGGAGGCUGAGGGAGGCGGAUUUGCAAUUUUGAUACCAGCCUCUGCAACUCAGCAGGACCUCAUCUCAAAAUUAAAAUAAAAAAGGGGGGCCUGGGGGUAUACCUCAGUGUUAAAGCACCCCUGGGUUCAACCCCCAGUACCAAUAAAUAAAAAUGUCCUACAGUUUCACGUAUCUUCUUUUUUUUUUCCUAAAAGAGAGAGUGACAGAGGGAGAGAGAGAGACAGAGAAUUUUAAUAUUUAUUUUUUAGUUAUUGGCGGACACAACAUCUUUGUUUUGUAUGUGGUGCUGAGGAUCGAACCCGGGCCGCACGCAUGCCAGGCGACUGCGCUACCGCUUGAGCCACAUCCCAGCCCCUCACGUAUCUUCUUGAUGUAAUAAAAGUAGUGGAUAAGGCUGGAAUCAGGUCUUGGCUUUCCCUUUAUGAGCCUUAGUUUCCUCAUCUGUAGAGUGGGCUUCCUUCCAGUGGUGGUUGUGAGGAUUUAAUGAGAUAAUGCAUGUACAGGUGUAACCAUAGGGUCCAUCACAUAAGGAUGCUCUUAGCACAAUAAGUAACUGGAGCUGAACUGCAAAGUCAGAGCUAAAGACUCCUCAGGGAAAGUGGACGGGAUUUCAGGGGUAGCAAUGAAAAGAGAGAAGAGACUGGUGUCCUGGCAUGGGGAUCCCCACUCUUCCUAGGCUCAGGAGCUACCGUGGAGAGUGAAAAGCUGCUGGAGAAGCAGGAGGAGGAUGGGGAAAUACGCUGCCAUGGAAACUGGAGGAGGAAGGCGUUCCCAGGGGGAGGGAGUGAUGGAUAAUGUCAAGUGUCAUUCGAGAGGCUGGGGGUGGGGAGGGCAGAGGAUAAUAGGAGUAAACCAGAGCCCUCGAGUUCACUCUCCUACAUGGCCAGGAAGCCUUGGAACCUGGCUUCAAGUCUCAGCCCUGAAGCUAAAUGUCUGUGUGAGCUAGGCAGAGGAUUUGCCCUCUCUGUGCUUCUGUUUCCUCCUGGAUCUAAGACAAGGGAUGGGUCAGUGUGUAAUAGAUGGUCCAUCUCUAAUAAGAUUCCUGGUUUUGCUGAAUGGUUGGCCACUCGCUGGCAGUGUGAUCUUACGCAAGUCACUACACCUCUCCAAGUCCCCUCUGAAAGCUGAGAUAUUGCAAGCCAAGUGUGUACCAAAGUACCUGGCGCAUGAUAGGUCCCCAGUGCAGGGAUGUUCUCUAAUAAUUAUGUGGAUGCCAGAGGCAAUUGUUACAAGGUUUAUUUGGUUUGGAAUUUGAAAUGCCUGAAGGCGGAGAGGGCUUAUUAGCCUCUGGAGAGUUCUUGAAGCAGCAAAGCAAGAGUCCAGGCUGGGCACCUGCUGGGUAUCUACUCAGUCUCAGUCCAAAGACCAGCCCUUGUUCUCUGUAUCAGUGUCAGGUCUCAAGCCUAGAGCCUACCAACUGCUGCAGAUUUGGACUAGGAACCAGCCUCAGAGACUCCAAAGCCCCUAGGAAGUGAUACACCCUAUUCCUGGCUCCAUAUACCUGCUCAAAUAUAAGACAUAUACACACAGCUUUCUUUCAUUGUUUAUUUGUUUGUUAUUCACUUCCAGGCAUCAAGCAGGUAGUGCUAGGAGCUGGAAGGGGUGAUAGAAGAGAGUGAGGACCUAGUUCCCUACUCUGAACUUGCGGAUGGGAGUCAGGAGACCAGGACAGCUGGGUGGAGCUCUGGCUGCAGGCAGCUUGGGGACUCAAAACCAGAGUUUACAGAGGGGCUGGUAAAACCAUUCAAAAUGCACAUACGGAUGCUAUAGAGUGCAGAGCUGGGAGGUGGCCCAGGGUCUAGCUCCAGUACCAUCACCAGGGUUGAGCCCCACCUGAUGCAUAGUCUUUUCCAGAGUGCAAAUCACCUUUACACACGCCACCUCAGUGAAGGGCUGUUGGGAUGCUACAGUAGAUGACAGACACAAUUAACUGUGCCCAGAUACAUAGAGCAACUCAUUAAUGAUCCCAGCCUGAUUCGAGGUAGACGUUAUUAUUGUUAUUACCUCCACUUCACAGAUGAGGAAACUGAAGCUCAGGGGAGGAAAUGGCUUGCCAAGGCCACAUGGCUUGUCAGUGAUUGGCCCGGCUAGGGUCCAUCUUAGAUGUAUCAAGUCUACUUCCCCUGCUCUCCUCCUUCAGCCUCCCAAGAGGAAUCACUCAGUGAUGACACAGAAGCUCCCUGCAAAUCUCACAUCUGGUCAUGGACAGAGCAUUCCCCGUGCCGGGUUCUAUGGCUCAGUACCUUUGGCAGCACAUACUGCCCCAUCACCUCCUCUGCCCACGCCAGCUGCCCCCAGAACAGCCCCAUCCAUCCCUUCCUGCUUUGGAAGCCUGAUGUGUUCCGUCAUUAUAUAUUUUUUUUUCAACUGCCUGCUAUGUCUUUGUUGUGAGAUGUCUUGAGCAAGACAUUUCACUCUGAGCCCAUUUCCUCCAUCAUGAAAGCUAACACGUACCUGGAAAGAAAUUGGCAAGAUUUAGAUAGAGGCUGAGAGUGAAGGGCCUGUCUGCUUUGGUCAUAAAAGUUUCCAGCAAAUGCAAACAGGUCCAUCAUAAGUGACUCUACCGAGUGGAUGAAUGGUGAGCCUGGUGCGUGGUGAAGGCUCAACGGAUGGAACUUUUUAAAAAAGUCUAGUGUUUUAAGUUUUACCUGCUCCAAUCCGUAUUUCUUAAUGCCAUAGGUGGGAGCAAAAGACCUCUUGUAACCAUCUCCUUGAGUUUCAGAAGGAGGGACAGCCUACACGGAAGAAGGGAUUUUCAAGAGUGUGUUUACUUACCGGUUCCUUGUAUGUGACGGUCCUAUUUAGUCCCUUCCAGGGACCCAACAAUGAGAGAAAUCCUGGAAGGGAAGAAGAGUUUCUGGCCCUGGCCUGGGAUUUUGGGCCUGAAUAUUUGAGUCAUGGAGAUGGAGUCCCUUGGUGGGUGUCAGUGAAAGUGACACUGGGAGUCAUCUUCUAGAAUCUCCUCUUGGAAUGAAUCACAAGAUAAGAGGACAAGUGGUUUUGACUCUUUGUCCUCCAUUCUUUGCUCUGUGAUGUUGGGUAGGCCUCUGUCUUCUCUGGGCCUCUGCACACUUGAAAGGCAGAGGUGGGAGUGGAUAGAUUCUGAGGACUCUGCCCUUCUGAAAGAGAACUGAGGUAUCUCCCUCAUGUUCCUUGAUCUCAGAAAGACAUCUCUUGGUAAAUCCACUGGACAUUUGUCCAGAGACAGAACACGCCCGGCACGCUGAUGUUUGUGAUUGUCUCUUGGGGGCUGAAGGAGGCAGGCAUGUUGUCAAUGAAGCUUGCUUCCCACCUGACCUUUGGCCCACUCCACAUCCCAUCUUGGUAUCAGGACCCAAACUUUUGAUUUCCCAAAUAAAGCAAGCACUGUUCUCAGUGUCCACAUUUCUGCGUGCUUCUUUCGUUUACCUUCUGUGGCCCCAUCGGGAGGGGGCCCCAGGCUGGCGAGGUGACAGACCUGCCUGCUCACAGUGGAGGAAGCCCGAGCUCAGGACCUGCCUCAGGAA